CUUAGAUGACCAUAGAGAUACACACUUUCAGUUUGUCUUUUUUACUUACUGAGUGAUCAUUUUACACACGGAUACCAGCCAUGGGCAACAAACAAACAAAACCUGAGGACAUCGAACUACAGAACAAAACCGUCUUUAAAACUCAUAGUGCUGUUGUGUACAGGAUUCCUGCCCUUUUCUACGACAGAAACAGUGAAACUCUUCUAGCCUUUGCAGAGCAGAGGGAGACUGCAGAUGAUGCCAGUACAAAGAACCUGGUUAUGAGUAGAGGAACGCUGAAGGAUGAAUCCUCUGGUGCAAAGACAAUUGAGUGGUCAGAGCUCAAAACAGUGGUGGAAAAGGCAAAACUUGACAACUACCGUCCUAUGAACCCCUGCCCAGUGUUUGAGAAGAACACCAACACACUUUACCUGUUUUUCAUCUGCGUUAAAAGCACUUACUCAGAGAUGUGGCAGAGAUGGUUAGGCUGCAACAAGGCCCGUCUCUGCUACAUCACAAGCACUGAUCUUGGACAAAACUGGAGUGACGUGACAGAUUUGACAGACAAACUGUACGAAAUUAAGAACUGGGCCACAUUUGCUGUUGGACCAGGCCAUGGUCUUCAAAUGAAGACAGGUAGAUUGAUUGUUCCUGUUCAUGCUUAUGAUUCCUGCUCUUCCUGCUGUUGUUGUAUAAUGUGUAACUGCUCUGUUCCACAUGCUCGUGCCCUGUACAAAGACAUUGAUGACAGCACAUGGAAGUUAGGCAAUAGGCUUCAAACACAAUCAGGGGAAUGUCAAAUGGCAGAGAUUUUUGAUGGAGACUCCAAAAGCUCCAUCUACUGCAAUGCCCGUAGUCAGGGAGGCUGGCGAGUGGAAGCUGUCAGUGAAAAUGGUGGAGCUGAUUUUCACACAUUGAGCAAUGCUACAAAGCUUGUUGAAACUGGUUCAGGUUGUCAGGGAAGUGUGGUCUCAUUUCCAGCUCAAGAUGAAGGUGCAGAUACAGAGGGUGACCCACAGUGGCUGCUCUACACUCACCCAAGCAACAAGUCCAAGAGGACUGAUUUAGGAGUGUAUGUGAGCAAAUCCCCAAAGGAUCCAAGUAAGUGGAGCAAACCCUGGAUCAUUAACAGUGGACCCAGUGGUUACUCAGACCUGGCUUACAUUGGUAAGGGUUGGUUUGCAUGUCUAAUGGAGUGUGGGGUGAAGAAAGAAACAGAGCAGAUAGCCUCUGUGGUUUUUAGCUACAAGGACAUCAAGUCAGGCAUUGGACAGUAAAUAUCCAUUGUCUUUAAUUGACAAGACAUGACUCUGUUGUUAUACCAUAAAUUACAUUUUUCUUCCACAUAUGGGACUUCAAAGUAACCUGCUGUUUAAUACAAGUAAUGCUACUGCACUGAAAUCCUAUUUACAACUGUUGAAUAUAUUACAUGCUGGAAAAUUAUUCACAAUCAAAGUUAUAUUUACAUGCCAUAUUCGCUAAAAUGAUUAACAGCCAUUUACAAAUACAGUUAACCUUGAGUUGCUUACAUUUUCAUUUUGUUUUGAUUUUUGAUUUCAGCUCUAACAACCACGACACUUAUGUAUAAUACUGCUCUGACAUUUUACUGCACUUUUCAAAUGUGUAUUUACAAAGAUGCAACAUUUACCCAGAGGUUGUGUUGUUUAUAAAAUGUAAAGAGUAAAAUACAUUUUGACAAAUAAAUUGAGUUUUAAGAACUUUCACAACUAAUUAGGUGAUGGAAACAGCAGGAAAAGUACUUCCUGUUUUUUGUUGAUAUUUAACACCGUAGCCAUUGUGGCAAACAUGUUGUCAUUCAUCAACAUCACCUAAUUAUAUAAGAAUAAAUGCUUGGUUUCAGUCAGGGAAUGCUUGAGAAACCAUAAUGAAAGGAAUCACAUUGACUAUCAGUAGGAAACUGUUGCUCCUCUUUUUCAUGGGAGGAUGAUCUCGACCAGACCAGAAACUGAAACAUUUUCACUUUUUACCUUAUUUUAAUUGGGGACAACUGGAAUUACUGAGAUGUUUAAUUGUCAAAAUAGACUGGAGAUUUUUGUUUAUUUGACCUUUUCUUGUGACAGUUGUGACAAACUUAAAAUGCGCUGCAGUGUGCUGAAACACAUUUAAAGGUUUUGUGUGUGUUUGCAUUAUGAUAUAUUGAUUUGUUUGUUUGAAUCCUGGUUAUUUCUAAUUGUACUUUUACAUUUAGUGUAUACAAUGGCAUAUGUUCUUCGAAUACAAGUAAAUAAUAAAAACAACAUAACAUAACACGUAAGACCCUCCAACAAUAACAUUACAACAACAGACACCCAACAACAUCACCAUCAAUCAGGAAUUUAGUGCAACAAUGAAGAUGACACACCCUCAUGUCUUCAAGAUAUUUUCAGCAGAGCUAUGCUAGAAGGUACAAAGGAUCUGUGGUUACAGGAAGUCCAUAGAGGUUGUACCCUAUACCUCCAUCCUGAUGGUAUCAACUUGUAUUCACCAUAAAGAGUGUGUGAUACGUCACAAGGAUUGCCCAGCUACCCAAGACUCACAAAGCAGUGUCAUACUGAGCUGUUGUUGACCUGCAUUCUUACAAGACAUAUAAACAAUUUUACUGAGUUUCUUCUUAUUAGCCACAGUGUAACAAUCAAUGUAACCACCUCAAUAGUCAAAUUGGUUUUUGCUCUGUUUGCUAUUAGGUGGAUAUUUCUUUUCUUUUCACUUCUCUUUUCAUUUCUUAUCAACUGAACAGAGAGUUUUGCUCCAAUAAAAACUAUACACCCCUUCCUGGCUCACAAACACCUCCACCCAACCUCAUGAAACCCUCUAAACUCUCAAACUUCAAUACACAGUGCAGCAUACAGCGUAGCGUUGUAUAUCACCAUUGAAGCAUUCAGGGAACAGCUCGUCCAACAGAACUUACUUCCUCUUUCAUGCUGUACAGUAACACCACAAGUGCCUUCAAGGAUGUUUUUCUCAAGUUAUCUUCCAUCUAAGAUUCAGUUAAUGACAGUGACUACUCAUAAAUGGCUCAGCAAGUCUGGACUCUUAACACUUUACUUUAAAUCAGUAUGAAACAAGUAAGACUGUGUAAGACUAUAAGUAUUUGGCCACCAUACUUUAUAUCUAAUUUGGCAGACACUGUGAGUGGGAAAAAUUAACUUUUUGCACUUGCUGUGUGAAUCUUCCUCCCUGCACAGAGGCUAUUGUUUGCUAUCAAUGUUGGUCUAGGCCAGACACUGAUUGGGAAGACUGUGUACUUGUGUAACUAUCCAGAAAUCAGUCUCAUGCCAGUCGAUUUUCGAUGAGUGAGGUUGGCUUAUAAAUGCUUAGCUUAACACUGCUACAGUGUUUCCCUGUUUGUACAGACCAUAAGUAUACCUCAUCUUUGUGCAGAUAGUCUGACCCAUAUGCGCAUGUAAAAGAUUGCAAUAAAUACUCAACUCACUUUAAACGUUACUGAAACACAUUUUAAGGCUUUGUGUGUGUUUGCGUUGUGAUAUAUUGAUUUGUUUGUUUGAAUCCUUGUUAUUUCUAAUUGUACUUUUACAUUUACUAUAUACAAUGGCAU